AUGCCCCCCUUCCCCAUCCCAGACAUCACCCUCCCCGACCCGCCGACGCGUAAGACGCGCUCCGGCUCCGCGGCCAGCCUGCACCUCGCGCGCUCGCGCAGUAGUCUGGGGAGUACAGAGGAGGCCGGGCUGCUCGUUGGCUCGGGAGCGGGUCCAGGAGGGCGGCGGAGGGCAAGUUUCGCUCUCACGCCGAUUACGCGCAAGGUCGCCGCCGACGAGCGCGACUCGGACGACAACGACGAGGACGACGCCAGCGUGCUCUCGCCGCUCCCGCCUAGCCCGCUGACGCCGACCACGCUCGAGGCGAACACUGCGCGCUGGGCCGCAACGCAGCGCGACGACCCCGCCGACCGCACACCCGACGCAGACAUCGAGGCACACCCGCGUAUCUCGCUCUCCCACCGCGCUGUGCAGUUCGCCGACGAGGACGACAUCGAGGUGUUUGACGCUUCCGAGGCCGACACGUUUGAAAAGCCCGUCGGGAGCGAGAUGCUCGCCAUCGUGCUCAGCUGCUCGAUGCUCGCUGUCAUCGCCACCGCGGCCGCCCUGACGACAAUGUACGACUGGGUCCUGUAG